AUGGUCACAGCAAUAAUGCACCGGAUCCCCAGCCUUGACAAACCUGGGCCUGGUGGGUCAGGCCUGCCUCGUGAGGAGGACAACUGUGGGGUCAGAGUGAUCGCCGGGGACAAUACUGGAGCCGUCCUACAGCCCCAGAUGGAUCACGAGAAGUCGGGCCACAGCCUGCAUGGACCGGUGGAGGCCGGGGAUAAAGAGGAUGGAGGUCCAAUAAGCACCUACAUGAACAGCAACUUCCAGUUGAUUAGUAACUCGAUCAUGAUGGGAGGGAGCCACAAGGUGCACAACCCUGGGGUCCGUAUGGAGAUCUCGGAUUUUGUCGAGCAUGGGACUGGCCACAGUAAGCAUUAUGGGCAGCAGAAGAGAUAG